AUGGGGACAAUCCGACGCCGCUACCGCGGACGCCACAGCUUCGCCUUCACCUUGGCCUUCACACCAGCCAUGGUGCCGGCGCUGCCUGCCACGCUGCAACGGCCGCCCUCGCAGGUGCGCCAGAACUACCACCCCGACUGCGAGGCCGCCGUCAGCAGCCAUUUCACCCUGGAGCUCCACGCCUCCUUAGUGUGCCUGGCCACGGCCUUUUACCUCGACCGCGACGACAUGGCCUUGAAGCACUUCACCCAGUUCUUCCUGCGCUGCUCCCACGAGCACAGCGGGCGGGCCCAGGGCCUGAUGCGCCUGCAAAACCAGCGCGGGGGCCGCCUCAACUUCCAAGACAUCAGGAAGCCAAUCAGUGACGAGUGGAAGAGCGGCCUCAAGGCCAUGAAGUGCGCCUUGUUCCUGGAGAAGUGCGUGAACUGGAGCCUGCGCCAACUGCACCAGCUGGCCACCAACAAGAGCGACCCCCACCUGCGUCACUUCCUGGCAACCCACUACCUCAGCCAGCAGGUGGCGUUCAUCAGCGAGUUGGAGGGUCACGUCACCGCCCUGAGCAUGUUGGGGGCCCCGGAAGUCGACCUGGCAGGGUACCUCUUUGACAAGCUCACCCUGGGCGACAGCGACAAGAAGAACUGA